AUGUUGUCUCGUCAACGAUCAACUUGCUUCCUCUUAGACCCUCCUCGUGUACAAGGGUCAGACUUUGUCGAGAUGCUUCGUCUCAUUGAUUACCCAGGAGCUAGUGGCCUUAAGGGGGAGGAUUUUGACUGGCUUUCUGAAGGCAAUGAAGAAGCGGAGAUGUUUCUGGGCUGGCUUUGUGGGAUAGUGGAUCAGCGCAAUGUUCUAAAUGAUGAACAGCUGGAGGCACAUAAUGCUCUUUUAGCUUCGGGUAAACCUCUCUUAGAAACAGAAGAGUUGCAGAAACUGUGCAGAACAGAUGGUGGUGACGGUGAAGAUGUUGAUAUGGGAUUUGAACCAGAAGAGCAUAAAACUUUAAAUGAACUGGAAGCAGAAGUUAAAACUUUGAAGACCUUGAGGUCGCAUAGACUGCGCACCCGCAACAAGAUGGAGUCCUUGAGUUUGACUUUACGCUGUAAUCAUCUUUCACUGGCAAAGUUUGAAAGAGAAGAAGAGAAAAAACUGAAUCGCAUGAAGGAAACAUUAGCUACACUGAACACCAAGAGCAACACAACCUUGACAAAUCUGAGUGAGGCAAUGAAAGAGUUUGAGGAGCUACACACAUCUGUUCCUAAUGUCUUCCUUUCAUCUCUUGAUAUAGAGGGAUACAUUGAGCUGGAGGAAAAUUGCUGGGACGAGAUACAAUUCCUAUCUAUGGGACAGUUGAACAAAGAAAAAGAAGAAAGUGAUAGGGUAAAGGCCCAGAAAGAAUUAGAAACAGAAACUGAGCGGGUCAGAACUGCGUGGGCAUCGCAGAAGGUGCAGCUGAGCAUAGCCCAAGGCACCCUAUACAGUAAGGAGGAGGCACUCCGCUGGGUUCAAAGGACUAGAGAGGAGCAGACAUGGGAUCAUCAGCAGAUUCCAUUACUAGAGCGUGAGAUUCAGACUAUAGAAGCAGAAGUGGAAUUCUUUCAGACAAACCGAAUUCCUGCUCUGGUUUGUGAAUCUUCCAUAGGACCAUGCCUGUCUGCUCAAAUGGAAUGGUUGAUGGUAGAGAAACAGAGAUUGACUCGGUUAGAGGAUGGCCAUGUUCCAUUGACAAGCGCGAUGCAUCACCAACUGUCACGCCUUCAACUAAUUGAAAGGGGUUUCUAUGAAGAGAUGAAGGUUCAUUCAUUUAUCUUCCAGGAGAUAAAGGUUGUUCAAGAAAAAAAUGCAACCAGGUUAAGUAAUUUGGAAAAGCAGCUCCAGGGCCCCAGGGAUCUAUGGAUGUCAUUACAGUUAUUGAGUCCUAUACGAAUUGCUAGCAAGGACCACACCGCAGUGAGGGUCUCAUCUAUGCUUAGUGAACCAACCAAUAAAAAGGAACUAUUUCCUAAAUAUGAUGUUUUGGGGAUGAAGGGGACAUCGCUAGUACAUGAAUUAAUGUCCCUAAGAAAGGGUCUAAAAGCUACAAUGCCGCAGAUAUCAAGCUUGGAAACGGAGUGCGAAAAACUCCAGCAAAGUCUGCUGCGUGGUACCCGGAAUCUGCAACUUCGUGACCCAGAACUCACACAAUCAUUCGAACAGCUUUACGGGGCUGUCUCCCAGUUUAACCAGUGGUGUCUGGACUGUCUCCGGGAUAAAGAACGGAAGAAGCACAUCAUUCAGACCUCACGCCUGGAACAAGAGCGGAGACUGUAUGUCCUCUUUUACCAAGACCCUGCUCUCCUCGCCAGUACUGUAGAAGAACUUGAACAACGUGUGCACGAGUUGACAAUGGGAUAA